UGGGUUUCGAAAAAGAUGGCGGCAAUUCUGAAAUUCACGUAGACAGCGACAGCGACAGAGUAUAUUUGUGAAUUCUCGGUGCAUGGUGUUUGUAAGAUGUCAGACAAGGAUAUCCCUCACAAGCUACACACAUGGCUGACACAGGAGAUGCACUUUGCCCCACCCCCGGGAACUAAUCUACCUUCACCGGAUGAAAUCAAAGGGAUCUGUCGGGGGUCGACAGUGGAUGUGUGGAAGUUCAUCCUCAGCCGUGUCCACUCAGUGCAGACAGUGAAGAAAGUGAAAGGAAAUCUGGCUCUUCGCGACCAGAGGCACCUGAAGAACUCCUCGGACAGCCGAACUUCACACAGUGAUGAGCAGGAGGCCCUAGCAGAGCGACGAGUUCAGCUGACAAGGGAGGUAACCCAGUGUCUCUCCGACAUCAGUCAUAUAGAGAAGGAUCUGAAGAGACUUGAAAGAGAGACGAUACAAACAGAGAGGAACUACCGCAGUGGGUGUGAAGACCUGAGGAACAAGCAGCGGCGGACUGGGCUGCUCCAUGUGUACAGCAAACACAAGAAGGAGAAUGUCGCAGAGUAUCAGGAGUUCAAACACAGACUUGAGGCCCGGGUACAGUCUCUGGUGAACAAGUCUAGUGAAUCCCGAGUGUUCCUGGCUGGAGGCAGCAAUGGUGGAGACAGUGGACUUGAGGCCGUCAGCUGUCGUCAAGUACGAGAGACCUGCGGCAACAUCGGCGCCUUCCUUCAUGAGACUCUCAAGGGCAGCUUUGCUGGGGACAAGAGAGCCUUUAAUGAGAAAAAGCAAGGGUUGUGGACCCAGGUGGAGACAACUCUGUCGGACUUGACCGUCGGCCAGCUGGUCAGCAGUCUGGUGACCAACACCAACCUGUCUGCCCUGGCCCUCCGGGAGAAGACGCUUGCCAUCAACAUCAAGCAGGAUGCAGAGAAACUCAGGUUCAAGUUUGAGAAAGUAGGUCAGCUGAAGGACAUGUCCUCUUCGCAACCACUGCUGAUGUCUGUCCACCAGCUGUUGGAGGAGAGUCAGCUGAGUCACCUCCAUGACUACAUGAUGACGGAGAAGUCUCUCAACCAGACCUUCAAACUACAGCAAGAAUAUAGCAACCUCCAGGACAAGCUGAGGAAACUGCUGACACGGACAUUCACCGACCGCGCCGGGGAGCUGCAGCUAGCACAGAAGGUGAUCGACGGUGAGCUGGAAGUGAUGCGUGCCCGAGCCACGCUGUACUCCCUGCUGGACGUAAAGGACAGACUCCAGGAGAACAUGGAAUCUUCACAGAAAGCCAGGCAGAAGAUGCACCUGGCGUACAAGAAAAUACACGACUUCCAGCAGAUAGCAGACUCCAAGCAGAACCUGAUUAGAGUUUUGAGCAAGCAGAACCUCAACGCUCAGUCUCGACUGACUGCUCAGCAGGCGGAGAUUCAACAGUACAUACAGAAGUCCUUGUCCACUCAUCUGGCCGACACCAGGGCACUGACCAAUCAGCUGGAAGGAGGCGUGGCCUCAGAGAUUGACAGAUUCAGCGUGCUGUCACUCCCCUACCUGUUACAUGUGUACCUGGAUGGGGCUACCAAAGUUGGUCUCCUCAACCUGUCGGUUCACCAGACUAACCACCCAUCAGUUGCAUCGGUCCGACCUGCCCUCCACAAGACACUGGACGCCAUACACUUCCCUAGCUACAAGGCCCCGGAAUGUGUAUUGCCGUGGUGUAUGGAGGUGAUGCAAGAAAUGAAGCUGAGUGAGCAGAUCACCCAGUCUCUGGACCAGGCUGACCGGAAGUCCAGGCACAAUCACGACAAUGUACUGGAGGAUAUUGCAGCUAUUAUUCUACCCAAAGUUAAUGAGCUCAGAUCGGCUGUCACUGAGCAGGACAGGAAGCAGGUGGAGCGACUACUUCCUGUUCUCAACAAGAGGCUGGCCCUUGCCGGGGACGGACUCGGAGACGCCCUCCAGGCACAUGCGGCUCUACAAGACUGGUGGGAUCAGCCAGCGCAGAGUUGUGUCCCUUGGGCAAAGGUUGAUAAUCACACAUAUAAGGAUUGGCAGGACAGAUGGAAGGUCAUGGUCACACGACUGGUCCAGCUGCAGGUGCAGAGGUAGACAUGAGUUACCUCCCUUGGCUAAUUCACACCAGACUUACCUCCCUUGACCUGAAGGGGAGCGACUCCAUGAUCUGCGCUGGAUUUUGUUUGUCUCGAAGACACGAGACAAUGAACUAGCCAUUUCAUAUUGAAUUUAGACUCCUGAAUAUUAUAUGUAAUUGUGAGCGUAAUGAGCUUGUGGCUUGAGGUUUCCUGUUGAGAUUUGUAUAUCUAUUGAUAGUUAUUGUAUUUCAAUAUAUUUGAGAAAUAGA